CAUCCCGCGCGCUCGCUCGCUCGCCUCGCUGGAGUACCCGUUGCUCCGCGAAUCAAACGCCGAUUGGUGGGAGGCGAGGCGAGGCGAGGAGAAAACUCGGCCCGGCUGGCUGGCUGGCACUCGUGAACUCUGCGAUCACGAGCGAGCAGAAACACGUCGCAGGCAGUGCGCUACACAGUACGGCGCGCGCGAUGGAUUAUUGUCGACUUGACGGCAGGCGAGCAUGCACGAGGCGAGGGCAUGGAUGCUCGAGAAUGCGGAUAAGAGGGCAUGCCAUAAUGCAAAGGGGGUCGAGGAGUCAAGCACUGUCAGACUGCCGCACAGCCGCGAGCGAUUAACGCGUUGCUUUCGAAGCAGCAUUCCCCGCGAGGCCCCCCGCAGCUCUCGUGCGCGCGCUCACACUUCAUGAGGGGUCUCGGCACCUGCCAGCCUGUCAGUCGUUCUGACGGCGAGCGAAACGAGUCGGGCGGACAGUCAUACAAGGGACGGUGGCGAGGGAGCAGACGAGAGACCGCUUUCAUUCACUGAAUUUCCCAAGAGCUUGCCGCGAUUCACUGACAUACCGACAGCGAACAGCCAAGUAGGCCGCCGCACGGCGCUAACGACAUGGAGUGCGAGCAGCAGACGACGCGAGGCGACAGCUGGCGAGAUCCAAGGCACUCAUCGAGCGACGACGAUUCGAUGCACGACGCCGCGACGAACGACCCCUCAGCCUACGACGCCGUCGACGGGCCCGCGGGGAACCUUCCGCGGAGCGAGGGAGGGCAGCGGGCGGGCGACGGCAACGGGGGCGCGCGCGAGCGCGAGAACAAGCUCGGAUGGAAUCCGCGCGGCGGCGGUGCCCCGCGGCCGAGGCGGAGCAAUGGUGCUCAAUUUCCGCAAGCCGCCGCGACCGCAGCCGAUGCUGGAGGAGUCGGAGUCGCCGUCCGACUCGCCUCCAGGGCUGUCGUCGCCGAUCGCCAUCGCCAUGUCCGACUCGCAGUCGCACUCGCGGUCGCAACGACAGCGGCGACGAUUCGCCAAGCCCGUCGCACGGCGAUAGCGGGUUGAGCCAGUCGCCCAAGUCCAGCGGCUGCACUCUCCGCGCGCAAGGCAGUGGCAGUCCCGGCGCGCGUGGCGGAACGGAGGGCGCGCGGGUGAUGCGGCAGCAGCAGCUGCCGCCGAGCCACAUGUUCUGCCGGCUGACGGCCGUCACGCUUCAGGCGGACGAGCGCACGCACGAGCUCAUGGUGCGCUUCGAGCUGCAGCCCGUCCACGAGGCAGAGGCAGCGCGGGUGCAGGCCGCUGCGAGCUAUGAGGCGCGCAAGGCGGGCGCGGGGGGGAAGAGAGGACAGGAGCACGGCAGGAGGGGGGAGGAGGGGGAGGGGAAGGAGCAGGAGGCGGAAGAGGGUGAGGAGGAGGGCGGCACUGAGAUGGACGGGGCGGUCGAGCAGGUGCCACGUCAGGCGGGGCUGCAGGCGGCGGUGCACACGAACGUGGCGCUGCACGCGCGCCUGCACAUGUGCUGCAAGCACCUCUCCUCGAGCGACGCCGCGCCGCACGGCGGCUUCUUCAUCCCGCGCAAGGCCGCCGAGUCGCUCUUCCCCGCCCUCAACGCCAACGAGGAGGGGCCAUGUCAGCAGCUGGUGGCAUCUGACGUGUUUGGCCGCGAUUGGAACUUCCGCCACGUGUACCGCGGGUCGCCGUGCCGCCACCUGCUCACGGCGGGGUGGAGCGCGCUGUGUGCCUCAUGGGGGCUCGCUGCCUCCGACCGCAUCGUCUUCCUCCGGGCGGGCAACGGCGCGCUCAAGGUGGGCGCGAGGCGCAGCGAGGCCGUGGUGGCGGCGCAGCAGAGGCGGCAGAGGGAGCAGGAGAGAGAGAGGGGCAGGCUGGCCAUGGAUGCUGCGUGCAGUGCGGGCACAGUCAACGGGGAGCAGGGCAGGGGGGGUGCGGAGGGGUGUGGGGUGGGCAGCGUGGGUGCAGGGACAGCUGCCGCAGGUGCAGCGGCAGCAGGCGGCGGUGGUGGAGCAGUGGCACCAAAGCAAGUGCUGGAGUGGGCGGCGCACUGCCAUCACAAGAAGAGGCCUCUGGCAGCCACCCCAGCGCCCUUCAUCCUCCCGCUGGGGUCGUUCUGUGCCGCGCUGCGCCUCAAGCAGCGCCUGGCGCCGGCCACCGAGGUGCGCAUGACGUUUGAGACGGACGAGCUCGCCGUGCACCGCCUGCACGGCACCGUCACGGCCGUGCACCGCGCGGUGAGCGGCGUGUGGCCCACGUCGCAGUGGCGGUCGCUGUCAGCACUAGCGGGGGGAAAGGGACCUGCCACGUCAGCAGAGGCUCCUUCAGAAGCCGCCGAGGCAUCAGAGGCGUCAGCAUCAGCGUCAGCAUCAGCAUCAGCUCGGCUUUCCCCUGCAGCAUCCAGCGCUGCAGUUGCAUCAGAGAGCCAGCAGCAGCAGCAGCGGGUGCCUGCUGCCCCCCCCCUCUCUCACUCCAUCCCCCCAACCAUGGCUGCUCCGCUGCGCCCCUCCCACUCCCACUCUCGCCUCCCCUCACUCCCCCUCAUACACGCGCCCUCCCCCUCACACUCCGGCAUCAGCAGCGGCCACAGUGCUGCCACGCAAGCACAUGCGGGUGCCACCAUGCCACAACCGCCAGCAGCAGCAGCGGGUGGGCGUGAGAGCAGAAGGGCUGCCACCACCCCUCGACACAGCGGUGGCGUGUUGGCAGCCGUAGGAGCGCCGUCAGGCAGUGGCGUGCGCAAGCGAGUGCGCUUCCAGUGCGGCGUUGACCCGCCUGCGCCUGCUCCGCACCCUGCCAUGCACCCCACCCACGAGCACCGCCCUCUGCUGGCCCCCCCUUCUGCUGCCGGGCCCCUCUCCCCCGCUGCUCGCCCCCCCUGCCCCACUCGGCCCGCCAGGCUGUCACUCACCUCCCUGCUCCCAUGCACUAGCUGCCACGUGGCUGCUGACUCAUCAGGCGAGCGGCCAGCCAAGAAGGCAAGGAGUGCUGCCCGUGAUGUGAGGUGGCAGAGUGGUGAUGUGGAGGGGCGUGCAGAGGAGGGGGGAGAGGUGGACGGGGAGGAGGACAAGGGGGGGUGUGAGGAGCGAGUGGUGUGCGAUGAGGGGGAGGCGGACGAGGGACGGAAGGACGAAGAGGAGAGGGAGGAAGAUGAGGGGAUGGAGGAGGGGAGAAGUGAGGAAGAGGAGGGGAGGGAGGGAGAGGAGGGAAGGCAGGGAGGAGCGGAGGGUGUCACAUGCAGCAACAGACAUUCUUCAUUUGAAGCAGCGGCAGUGUCACUGCUGGUGCUCAAACAGGGCGGCCAGCACUCUGCACCACCACCACCAGCACCACCAGCAGCAGCACCAGCAGCCCUAGCAGCACCAGCAGCACCAGCAGCACCAGCAGCACCGGCAGCAAUGCAGCAGCCCGCCGUGUCUUCGUGUCUCACCCUCUCGCUCUCUCCCUCUUCCCCACCACCCGCUCAUCGCCCCACUGAACCUCUCGCCUCAGGUGCUUCAGGUGCCUCAGAUGCCUCAGGUUGGUGCGACCCGCUGGCACUCUCCCUCACCCCCUCUCCCCAUCUGCCUCACACGUGGCGCAUGCAGCAGCAGCAGCAGCAGGGUGGGGCAGGUGGAAACGCAGUGGCACAUGGCAGGCAUGACGUGGCACAAGGCGUGCAUUAUGUGGCACGAGGUGUGCAUGACGUGGCACGAGGCAUGCAUGAGGUGGCACAAGACACGGCAACGCACCCUAAAGGAGGAAGCGCGGUGGGGCCACAGAAGGAAGUGCCAGAGACGCCAAGGCAGGGGGGCGAGGGCAUGAGGGGAGUGGCAAUGUACGGCUGUGAUGAAGCGAUAGGGGAGGGGAGCAGGGAGAGCGAGGCACGUGCAUCUGCUGCUGCACUGGCAAGAGCAGCAGCCGGGGAGGCAUUGCAGCCCAGUGCCCAUGGUGCUGCUUUCGCUCCCGGUGUCGCUAAUGGUGUUGCUGUUGGUGUAGCUACUGGUGUUGCUGGUGGUCCAGGAGCUGCUGGUGGGAUGCGGCGCAUCAAACUGCGCAUGGAGGGCAGCCCGGUGGGGCGCACGGUGAAUCUGAGUGGGCUGGCCGGCUUCCAAUCACUGUAUGCCACGUGCGCAGCCAUGCUGCAGCUGCCCCUGCAACAGCCGUGCGCCAAUGUGGCAUCUGAGGUGACUCAAACGCCGCCAUGGCAGCUCACCUACACCGACGCCGACGGCGACACCCUCCUCGUGGGCGAUGGGCCCUGGAGUGAGUUUGUGAGGGACGCACGGAAGUUGUUCGUCAUAAGGACGCCCUAGCUUCAGGAUUGGGGAAGUGACUGGCCAAUUUUGCUUGGAUGUUUGUACAAAUGUGUUGGAUGCAAUAAUAAUGUGCUUACAGU